GUAAGUGGCCAGUGUCCUCGACCACGCGGUCAUGGACUCUUGUAUUUUUUAAAAGUAUUUUAACCAAAUCUAGUUAUGGUUUUAACCCAUGAUCUUUUAAAUAUCAAUCAAUUUUUACAAGUGAUUUAGUUAGGACAAUUUAUACCCGACCAUGGGAAAACUACCUGACAGGUGGUUGGACUACAAACCUUAUGGUUCCGUAAUCAAAAACACCAAAAUAAUGGCAUUCAAAGUCCCUCUAAAUGCGAGAUUAAUCAGGCAAUUACCUGAAAACCAUCAAUUUACACCAGAAUUAUUAUUAAAAGAAGUGCCGAAACUUAAAUAUAUAAUAGACCUCACAAACACCACACGGUAUUACAACAAAAAGGAGUUCACUGAUGCGGGAGUUGAGUACAGGAAAAUUCCGGUGGAGGGGAAACGUAUUCCUAAGCGACGGGAAAUUUUGAGAUUUUACCGAGCAAUGGAAGCAUUCGUCGAAUCAGCAAAAGAUGAUGAAGUUAUAGGCGUUCACUGUACCCACGGUCUCAAUCGCACGGGAUUUUUGGUCUGCAGAUUUCUGGCUCAACAAUCGGGCUGGAACGUGAUCGAUGCUAUCGAAGCCUUCGAGGAUGCUCGUGGCCACAAAAUUGAGCGCGAGAACUAUAUCGAGGACCUGAAAACCAGUAAGCUGGAUGAAAGGAUCAAUACAUCUGAAGAUUUGUUAGAUAUAAUAAAUAAUAUUGACACAACACAUACAGAAAAGCCAGAUAAAUUUAGACACCGAGAUCGGCCAUCUUCCAAAAAUUGGCGUCUUCCCGUUCAUCCUAGUGAUCCCUUUCAAGAUCGUUAUCAUAAAUCACGCGAAGACUCUCGUAGACCAAAUUACGCUUACAGUUGGAGAAAUCCUUCACUUUCAUCAAGACCACCAUACUUUGAUAGACGUGACAGACAUGACCGUUAUGAUUCAAGUAAAAGAGAAACUGGACCUACAGAACCUCAUUACUUAGGUCCUAUGCAUCAUUUGCCACCUCCAGGUGUCCCUAGAUCGAUGCCACACUCACCAGAAAGACUUCCAGAUCCUUUGGAUAGUUAUCGUGGUCCUUCGAGCCAUCCCGAUGGCCCAAAAUACCCUCCCGCAGCCCUGUAUCCUAGCAAAUCAGUAUACAUGCCUCCCAGGUCUGCUCAAAGCUUCCAAGAACCACUUUCCCCUGGAGUUAAAUCACACCACAGUCACUCAGAAAGUCAUUUUGGUUCUUCGAGCCAUCCCGAUGGUCCAAAAUACCUUUCAGCGAGUCCGUAUCCCAGCAAAUCAGUACACGUACCUCCGAUGCCUGCUAGAAGCUUCCAAGAACCGCUUCCCCCUGGAGUUACAUCACACCGCAGUCACUCAGAAAGUCACUUUGGUCCUUCGAGCCACCCCGAUUUGCCGAAUCACUAUCCAGAACGUUUGCAUCCUUCAAAAUCACUACAAUUACCCUCUGCACCUUCUAAAAACUGGCCAAUACCUACUCCAGUGUUAAAAUCAUAUCAUAAUCGCAUGGCAAGCAAUCCAGGUCCUUCGAGCCAUCAUAAUAUCCAUUCCAAGACCUUCCAAGCGCCUUCAGGGGCUUUUGAAAUAACUCCAGCUUCUAAAGCUACUGGCGCCAGGUCGCAUGAAGCUCCAAAGUAUCCAGACCAUCCAGUUUCUUCAAAACUACGAUCCUCCGAUGACCUAGUGAGUGCUUACUUAGGGCCAGAAACUCGUUUAGGGCCACCAGGACGUCCUAUUCUUGGGCAAAAACUUUCAAUACCAGAUCAAUAUCCUAAUCCACCUACGUUACCUUCAAGAUGGAGAAAUCCACCUCAGUCCCAAUCUCCUGACAGGAAUGACGGAUGGGUUACAGUGGAAAGAAAAAGACGACGUAAGUUUGAUACAAAUUAUGAUAAUUCAGAAUUAAGUGAUAGCGAUAAUUUGAAUUCUUAUUCUAUUCCUCUAGCUCAACAACCUAAACGUCAACGAUCUUGGUUAGACAAUUAACAUUUUAACACUUACACAAAUUACAUAAUUCUGUAUAUUUAUUGACAUUAAUUUAAUGCAAUUAUGUAAA